CUCGUCAUACAGCUCAGAGCAUCCUUUGUCCUACGUCACUGACCUUCGAUGAGUCUAACCACCUAUAUAAACCACCGUUGGACUAUACAGACCUUUCAUUGUUCUACCUCAUCCCAGACUCGAAGUAGCAACAAUCCCUAUAUUCGAUCUCAUUUGACCCAAUCAACACAAUCAUCAUGGCUCUCCGAAUGGACGACAGUGAUAAGCUCGCUAACAAUGUCAAACCUGGUGGCAUGCAAUCUACCGGCGAACACGCUCAAGGCGUCCUCGAUACCGCCGCCUCGUACCUACCUGGGCAGUCGAAACCUGGAGACGCCCUCAACGACGAUGCCGCGAGCCCCAACAUGACGCACGAUACCGGUCGACAAGGGGGUCUCGACGCAUUCAAGACCUCGGGCAAUCAAGGUCCCAUUGACUACCUCAAGACCAAGAUGGAUCAAGGUGCAUCCAACGUUCAAACUGACAAGUCUGCGACGCAACAACUUCGAGACACUAUGACUCCUGGAAACGCUGGAAUUGGUGAACAACCCAACCAAGGUCCUGGACUCAUGGACCGAGCUGCGGGCGCUAUGAACUCUGUCAAGGAGAGUAUCAUGGGACCUGGACAUGAUUCUCCGGUCAGUGUCACGAGGCAUGAGGAACUGUAGGCGGCUGAUGUCGUGUUCAUCAAUAGGCU